UGACGUCACGUCCCUAAACAUGUGACGUCACGUCCGCCCGCACGCCAUCGCUGCCGUGAUGAUGGCCGCGCUUUUGCGGGGCCGCGGCGCCCGGGAGCAGGCAGAGGAGGAGGAGGAUGCGGGGGACGCCAACGGCGGAUUCCGAACCCCCACGGCGGCGGAGUCGGCCCCGAACCCUUCCGCGCCAGCGGCGGCUUUGUCCGCGGCGUGGCGCGCCGAGAGCGUCGGGUUCACGGAGCAGCAGGGUGCGGGGGCCGCUGGGGGCAGGAGUCGAAGGGCGGGUGUACUGUGCUUCCUGGCGGAGGAGCUGGCACGUGGGUACCAGCUGGAGCGGAACGAGGCCUCGUACAGCGAGCGUAGGCAGCGCGUCUACACCUUCCUACGCAUCCCGCGGGAGCUUGAGAAGCUCAUGGCAUUUGGCUCGUGUCUCUGUCUUGACGCUUUCCUCUUCGUCUUCACGCUGCUGCCGCUGAGAAUCGGCUUGGCACUGCUGAGGGUGUGCACCGUGCCGUGCCGGCCACAUGGGCGUAAGCGUUGGCUGGAGCCAGCACAAGUGUGCGAUAUACUCAAGGGAGUCAUAAUGGCCGGUUGCUACGUUUUGAUGCAGCACAUAGACUACUCGAUGACAUACCACCUCAUCCGCGGGCAAUCGGUCAUCAAGCUCUACAUCAUCUAUAACAUGCUCGAGGUGGCAGACCGCCUCUUCUCGUCGUUUGGCCAGGACAUCCUGGACGCGCUCUACUGGACAGCAACGGAGCCACGUGCGCCCACCCGUCACCGCCUGGGCCUCGUGCCUCACCUCUUUAUGGCCGUGCUCUACGUCUUCCUGCACUCUAUCCUGGUGCUGGUGCAGGCCACGACGCUGAAUGUCGCCUUCAAUUCCCACAACAAAUCUCUACUCACCAUCAUGAUGUCCAACAACUUUGUGGAGCUCAAGGGAAGCGUGUUCAAGAAGUUUGAGAAGAACAACCUCUUCCAGAUGUCUAACAGUGACAUCCGGGAGCGGUUCCACAACGCCGUGCUACUCUUGGUUGUCUGUCUGCGCAACAUGGAGCAGUUCUCUUGGAACCCGGAUCACCUCUGGGUGUUGGUCCCGGAUGUCGCGAUGGUCGUCGUUUCUGAGGUGGUGGUGGACUUUGUGAAGCACGCGUUCAUCACCAAGUUCAACGACAUCACCGACGAGGUGUACAGUGAGUACCGGGCGAGUUUGGCCUUUGACUUGGUGAGCAGCCGUCAGCGAUAUGCUCACACUGAUCACAGUGACUCAGUGUCUCGGCGAAUGGGAUUCAUCCCUCUUCCUCUGGCAGUGGUGCUCAUCCGCGUGGUGAGUAACUCGGUGAGGAUUCAGGGAGCCCUGGCGUACGCCACCGCGCUGCUCAUCUUCCUCGGGCUGCUGACCCUGAAGGUGCUCACGAGCGUGGUGCUGCUGGGGAAGUCGUGUCGCUACGUCCGCAGCGCCAAACUGGAGCACAAGCUCCGCACGCCGUGCACCCCGCAGCGCACACCGCACCAGCAACACCAGCAGCGGGGCACUCACCACGCCGACUCACCUGGCCCCACGUCUCCGCCCCCCCCCUCCUCCUCCGUGAGCCCCCCCCUCCCGUUCAUGCGGGAGCCAUCUCGGUCGCCCUCGUCCCCAGGCGAGUCCCAGGCUUGGGCCCGCUCCCCACACACGUGCUCACGGGGGGCCGACAAGAGGGGGGCUGCCGGGGCCCAGGAGGGGUCCCCCAGGGGGGAGGUGGAGUCCCCUCAGGGGGGGGGUACCAUGGAGACCCCCCACCGCAGGGAGGAGGAACCUAAGACCGACCUGCUGGAGAUAGACCGCUUCACCAUCUGUGGCAACCGCAUUGACUAGCGGUGGAUAAAUACACACACUUGUAUACGCACACAUACACACUCGGAGAAAUACAUACAUACACAUGUACACAUACUCGUAUGCACAUAUGCACACACAAUCUGUGGCAACUGCAGACUAGCAGCGGAUAAACACCCAUCACGCAUACACACACUCAUAUACACACAUAGAUAACUCAAUACAUACACAUACACAAUACAAAAACAACCCCCACCAUUCGCCACUAAGUGGCGGUGACGUCACCACUGUACCUGUGCCAGGCCAGGUGCAUGCAACACAUUCACACGCACACUAAUACACAACUUUAAAGCGCUUCAGUGUGAGAUUUUCAUUUAUUUAUAUAUUGCCAAUGCGAAUCAUCCUCAUCGUCAUCCUCAUCGUCAUCGGAAUGAUCCUGUACAUUUCCCCUGCUUAGACCGCACGGAAGAGAAGCGCGCGGUGCCUGGGUGUGUGUGGGAACGUGGCCGCUCGGUCAGUGUAUGAGGGGGUCCCCAGGGGGGGAUCGGUGUAAAUGGGGUCCCUAUGGGGGGUUCAGUGUAAAGGGGAUACCUAUGGAAAUGGGGGUCCCUAAUGGAGAGGUCUGUACGGGGUCGCGGGGAUCUCAUCAGCUGGCAAGACCCCUGUGUAUGGUGCUGUGGUGGGUUAAUAAUGGUGACUGGGCAGGAGCUAUAGAUAGCGCUCUUUGUGGGGCUACUGGUGGCGCUACUCGUGGCGCUAUCGGUAGUGGUGGUUGUGAUUGUGGUGCUGUCAUUGGGCCCAACCUCACCAGCAAUAACCUCACCAGCACCGGCCUUACCAUCAGUGUGGCUGGCAAGGGAAGUGAGACAGAGGCAGCAAGCGAAUGCGAGCGAGUGUGAGCGAGUGUGGGGAGUGGUGGUGUCGCCGUUAGCGCGCUGCACUUUGAACCUGGUGAACCGUGUGAUUUACACUCACAACACCAGUGGCGAUCAUUUGAACUGGUCCUGGGCCUCCCCUAGGUCGACUGAGCCUCAAAUGAGUACCUUGUGCGGUGUGUGAACAUUUCCACUGGGGAGACGAAGGCGGUCAGGUGUAGUGUUGGCCUCCCACCCCUUUGUGUCGUGGCGGCCUUCAUAGGCGCUCACUAACAGCACUUGCCCCAAAAACACUGUUGAGGCCACAUGGGGGAUCUUUGUUGUGAGAAUGAGUGAGUGUGAGCGAGCGUGAGUGAGACCGCGAGUUUAUUUAACCGAAGCCUCUGUGUGUUAACUGCGGCAGAAAUAAAAACACGAGAUGGCAUCAA